CAAUUAAUAUUUUAUCAUUUAAUUUAUUUGUUCUUUUUUCUUCAUUUCUCUCGAAAGAUCUACCAUUUUUGUUUCCUUCCCACUGCUUCCAUUCCUUCUCCGGUCCUUUCUCCCCUUAUUUCUCCAACCAACCGUCUCUCUCCCCACUCUUUUUUCCUUCCCUUUUUCUCCACGUUUUCUUCUUCAAAUGAGGAAGCGGAUUAUGCACCUGAUUUCAUUUGGAUCGAAAGACUAGCAAGUCUUUCUUCUUGUUCCUCGAAUCAGAGAGAGCUAUCUCUGAGCGAUCCCUGCGCUGAGCAACCGGAGCCCCAGGAUUGGCAGAGUGGAAAUCGGGAAGAGGAAUGAGGGAUUUGAGAUGGGGUGUAGAUGAAGAAGGCGUACGGGUGUAUCAGAUGGGGUUCCAGGGAUCGGGAGGCAUUGGAGGCCCGACAGAGAGUGAUGGAGGUGGAGAUUGCGGUGAGGGUGCAGGUGGAGAUUGCAGGAAAAAAAAAAAAAAAAAAGGCCCACGACGUCAUGCUAGCGUCAGCAUGGCGUCAUACGGGCUGGCUCACACCUCUGUCGAUUUUGGGCUGGCCUGGAGACCAGCUUAGAUUGGGUGUUGGUCAAAAUGCUGGGCUGGAGUGGUUUCACUGGGUGCCGGGCUGGUUUUUUGGCUGGGUGCUGGCCUUUCCCACCCCCGGUGGAACUGCUCUAAGAAAGCCGAAGCACCAGUACCAGCUACCAUCUCUCACCCUUAAUCGAAUCAUCACUCAAUCACCUCUCUCUCUCUCUUACGACUGUAUAUAUGUACAAUGUACUACAAGGACAAGCUGUCUAUAGGCACUACAGCGAACUCUUGAAUUUGAGGAUGAAGUGGAGGAAGACUGAAGGAGUUAGAAAGGCAGGUUUAAUCAGGCCUAUGGAAUAUGAUACCAGCACAAGGAUGUGCCGGCAUGAGUCCUUUCGUGCCAUAUUUUUACUCUUACAACUAUUAGUAGUUGCUAUUGCAUUAGUUGAUUUGUAUGGAAACAUAUUUGGUCUUGAGCUUAUCGUUUGGUAAUUGUCCGAACCAAAUUUGGACAACAUUUUUGACUGCAUUUUUUUGGUUAACUUUUGCAAGUAAGUUUGUUUUAAGUUUUGUACAAUUUGCGGUUUAUUCAGUUAAGUGUUAUCGUAA